CUUCUCGUUCCACAUUAGCAGCAGAUAACAUGUGAAUUGUAACCCAGAUGAUAAGAGGGGGAGGAAUUUACUAAUGUAAUCAUGAUGAGUCCCUGGCCUGGUGACUAAUCUGAGUUAGGAGUGGAGAGGACACUUACACCAGUUGGAGAUGCAGGAACAUCGUGUAUGGAUUAACCAGGAGUUACCACACACAGGAGUAGGACAGGGACAGGCUGGGUGGAAUGCUGAAGCUCAGAAGAUGGGUGAGAGCCAUCAGAGUCAGGAGGAGGAGGGGGAGAUGGAGGGACUGUGCUGCUGUGAGUACAUCAACACUCAGGGGGAGCGCAGCCACCUGCUCAUGUCCUUCUGUGACUGUGAGGACCUGGACAGUGCUGCAGACAGGAAUCGCAAACAUCGCGUGGUGUCAGCGUGGAACUACCAGGAAUUUUACAGGAACUACAAGGAAGGGACGAAGCUACACAACCACUCCUAUAUCAAACGGUCGCCAAGGGUAUUCAAAAGACAGAAAGUUCCCAGCAGUAACUACGAGGCACUAUACAUGACCCUAGAAGACCGCUUACGCAUCCCCUGGUGUUCUGGAAAGGGGGCCAAACAAGUCAACCCCCAAGUCAUCCCACCUCUGCUCCUGGUGCCACUGUCCCUCAACAUUGCUGCUAUCCACCCCCUGCUGACUGCAGUGGUACUGGUCCUCCUCCCCAUCCUCCUCAUAAGGUACUACUUCCGAUUCAUCAAAAUACGCCAAAGCGGGCCUUUCUUCCUGAGUUGGGGCCUCGUGUCCGUCGGUUACCUUUACUCGCUAUACCUCCGUCUUGUGGUUCCCCUCGGAAUCGUGACAUCCACAGAAACAUGCCUCCUCACGGUCUUGAUGGGCGCCAUGCUCGCCGCGUUAACUUCAGCCAAACAGAACCCCGGCUUUAUCAGCGGAAAAAACAAGUUAGGAGCUGACAGUAAACAAGGUCCUGCCUUCCCAAAAAAUGGGGUAAAAAAUACACACGAGGAGAGCUUGCAAGGUAAUGGCAUCCAGCUUAGGAGCUCAGCAGACAGAAACCACGCCAUCUCAAAUCCUGUGCAGAACGGUGGCAAAGUGGGCAAGGCAAGUUCAAUACAGUCCACCGACGCCCCCUAUCAGAAUGACAGCACUAUGCAGUCCACCAAAAGGCCCCUCCAGAGGAAUGGAAACAACAACAACAGGGACAAGCAGGACCUGGGUCAGGAUGCAGUGAUUGAUGUAGAAGGACAGAGAGUCGCAGCUCAGCCCCUCUGGUGCCACGUGUGUAAGAUGCCCAGGCCACCUCGAGCUGGACACUGCAUGAUCUGUAAGCGUUGUGUCUUAAGGCUGGACCACCACUGUAUAUGGAUCGACCACUGUGUGGGGAAGAACAACCACAGGAGCUUCCUCCUGACACUGGUGCUGUUCAUGUCGUCAGCUGGGUACGGAGUCUGGCUGUCCCUCAACAGCACCUGUCCUGGCUGGUACAGCAAGAGGUGGAUCCCCUACUGUCCUCAGGCGUACAGCACAUCCAGUUCUGCCCUAGUCUUCACCUGCUGCUAUUACACCCUGAUGGUACUCACAGCCAUGUCGGGUAUCCUCGUCUCACAACUCAUCAACAUCUCCUGGAACAUGACUGGCCGCGAAGAGCGCGUCGCCAUCCGCAACAAGACCUACAAGGUUCGCUGCUGCGGCUUCUGUGUCUACACCGACAAGUACGACAAGGGCUGCGUACAGAACUGGUGGGAGUUCAGCCAGAAACCCAAACUUGAGAAACCAGCAGUACAGAUGGUGUGAGAGAGGAUAAGACAUGAUCACAUAAAGCACACAUAAAGUAGUCAUCUGUGGAAAGGCACACUCUGCAGAUGUGCAAAAUUCAGUGCAAAACAACAUAAAGCAUAAAGGGACCUAUGGUCUAGAUUACUGGGUGUGGAUACAAAAUACUCCAAAAAUUCCUGCAAAAAUACAUACUUUUUUGUAUAAGUACAAUGGUGUAGUUUUCUUUUUUCUGUAUUCCUUAAUGUUUUCCAUCAACAUUACCUGCACCUUAGAUUCUCACAUAAUUUGUUUCCUCUUUUUGCAUGUGUGUACAACAAUCAUAAACCUAAGUGAAUCUUUAGCAUUAGCAUCACUUUGGACAACUUAAUUAUCAUGGUGACAGCAUUCUUAGCUUAAGUACCAGAAAGGCAUGUUCAGAACCAGGAACAGCAGCCUUGGUACUAGAGACAACAUCUCUUAGUAUGUGGAUAGCAUGUUCAGCACUAGGGGCAGCACCCAUGUUACUGAAGACAGCAUUCCUCGCAUGAGAAUAUCAUGUUCAGCACCAAGGACAGCAGCCACCUUGUCACUAGAGACAGCAUUCCUAGCUUGAGAAUAGCAUGUUCAGAACUAGGCACAGCACUUUCAGCGCUUGAAAUAGUAUUCUAAGCAUGUGGAUAGCAUGUUUAGCACCAGAAACAGCACCUUGUCACCAGAGACAACAUUCAUAACUUGAGCAUAGCAUGUUUAGUACCAGGGACAGCGACCAUAGUACCACAGGCAGCAUUCCUGGCAUGGGGAUUUCAUGUUCAGCACCAGAAACAGCACCCUUGUCACCAGAGACAACAUUCCUAGCAUGAGAAUAGCAUGUUAAGCACUAGGGACAGCACCCUUAGCGCUAGAGACAGCAUUCUCACCAUGAGAAUAGCAUGUCCAGCAACAUGCACAGCAACCAUAGUCGGUAGCUUUCCUAGCAUGAGGAUAUCAUGUUCAGCACCACGGACAGCACCCUUGGCAUAAGAGAGCAUCCUUAGGAUAACAUGUUCAGCACCAAGGAGAGAACCAAUUGAAAUAUACAGCAUUGUAAGCAUGGCUAUAGUGUACAGAAUCAAAGUCUAAAAGACAUUUUAUUUUGUAACUGUUGAUUACUAUCAUCAUAAUUGAUUCUUUAUAAAUCUUAUUUUUGUAUUGCUGUCUGCAAUUUAAGUUUGUUGCAAUGUUUCGUUUAUGUUAUCUGUUUUUAUGUUCUAAGCUAAUACGACACUGCUUGAAUAUUGUCAUAUGCACUUUUUUUGUGAGUUAAAUACAGUACUGUUAUGUGAAUAGAAUUACUUUUAGUUUGGAACAAUAUUUUUAUCUUUUGAUUUAUUUUUUUCACUCCUACCUCAUCAACAUCGGCUUUUAUUCCAUUCCAAAUUGUAGUAUAUAUUAAAAACAUACUUAUUUACACACCCUAUCCACCCCUCACCAAGUUCUUCAAUAAACAGUUUAUAAUGGUACAAUAUGAUACCUUCAAGGCUAAUGAAGUCAUGGGAAUGCAGGAUAAAGCAGAAUGUCUAUAGUUGUAGACUUGCCUUAGUAAGCACUAACAGGUUGGGACUGCUGCACCCAACUUUUACUGAUAGAAGCUAAAAAGUGUACAUUACAUUUCUAAAGAAAAAUGUACUUAACGCUAGUGGGAAACUCUAUGCAGAACAUUUAGAGAUCAGACAUUUAGAUUGACUUAAACAAUGAGUAACUCUGUGACCAGUUUAUGCAAAAUGCUUCAUUUUUUUUUUCUUUGUUGUGCUGGGAAAUGGAUUGGGCAGUUACAUAUCCUAAGGUUUUCAAGGAAAGGUGUUGAUUCGUGACUGGAAUAUGUAAAAUAAUGUUAUGUAUCCCUCCACACCACCCAUUGGUCAGUGCAUGUAGAUCUUCUAACCAGGGCACUAUAAUAGAUAUAUUGCAAAUACCAAACCUCUAUAGAGCAGUGUUAAAAUACUGGUAGGUAUGCUUAGUAAAUAAGGUCUUUGAUACCAACCAUCUUACCUGACAGGUAUAGCCUCAUCUAUCAAACUUGACCUUAACCUUCUGAGUGCUGAGUUAGUCACUUGGCACCAGGGUGGGAUUGUUAGCAAGACAAAGCAGCAGGGAGGAAGGUAAAAGCAAUGCUUCAACAUGUAGUAAAGAUUGCAACUCCUAGACAAAGGGCUAAUAUAUACACAAUGUAAGGGGAUAACUGUACCAUCAUUACCUAUGCACCGGUAGAUGUAAAAACAAAACUAUGACAAGACAGGUCCUUCUUGGUGUAUACACAAUACAUAGAAAGUCCAUACUAUUAAUUAAGAUUAAGAAGUAUAUAUUUGCUAUCAAAAGUUACAUGAUAAGGUAGAUGUAGAGAAACAAUAUGGCUGUGUCAAUAUGCAUACUAUUAGGAGCGUUUUAGCUUUUCACAUAAAUGUGUGUGUCAAAGUUCAUAUACCGGUAAAUUUAAAGUGAUAUAUAGUUGUAGUGCUUGAUAGAAAUAGGGAGCAAAAGCAAGUGUUGUUUUAGUUCAAUGGGACACAAGCUGUUGUAUGAAACUCCUGAAAAAAAACUACAACUCCAUCUUUAGACAUGCAUGUUCAAUGGCAUUUGCUGCUUUUUCUGUGUCCGAUACUGUAAAUGCAUAGUAAGUUUGUGGGGAUUUAGUUUCGCGGUAGCGGAAAAAAGGACCUUUCAGGGUGGUUUUAAUUUCGCGGUAGCACCAUGCCCUGUAGUCUCUUUCUGCAGCCAUGGAAAAACGUUUGCGGUGGUUUUAAGUUCGCGGUGAAGCGGCCACCGGUAAAACAGCGAACAUUAACCACCGCAAAAGUUUCUGCAUUUACAGUAUACCACACAUUACAUUGAGGUUUUAAAUCCAUUUUGAAUGCUUUUCAUAUUGUGAGUCCCAACAUUGCUGCUGUUUGUUAAGCUGAAGCGGAGGAUAGUGUACAUGUAGAUGGGUACAUAGAGCCAGUGAGUGCCUUGUGUUGUUGUAUUGCUUGUGAGCAGCGUACUAAGUCUUUGUGUACUGUAAGCUAAGUGUGAUUUCCAGAGUUAUAUCAGAGAUCAUGUGACUGUGUGUAUACACUGAAGUUCCUACUCUUCCAACAGCUUUAGUUUUGUUUGCCUAUGGUAGAUGGGGGCAUACUUAAGGCACCGUAAGCUUUACAAGCCUACCAGUAGUGGUUUAGGGACAAUAUCAUACUCCUUCAUAAUCCAGAAAAGAAUGUAAUAGAGCAUAUGUCACAUUGACCAUUUGAUGGAUCCCUAAGCGUGUUUUAAGAAU